UCCGAGCCCCACCCCUUUAACUUUGCAGCGUUGUCACCUCAGGAACACAGCUUCUGCUCGACCAUGUCUAGAAACAAGAUGGCUUUUCUAUAGCAGUGGGUCGCCUUCUCCAUCACUCACUUUAUUUUUCUAUGAAGAUAUUUAUUAAUUUAUUGCUGCGAUGCACGGCCUCGCCUGGCUUCCCGCUGCCCUGCUCCUCUCCUGCUCCAGAGACGUUCAGGGCUAUUUCGCGGAGGAGCGGUGGAACCCCGAAUCUCCACUGCUGGCUCCCCGAAUCCUCGUCGCUCUCAUCUGCAGGAACUCGGAACAUUCUCUGCCGUAUUUUCUCGGCGCUUUGGAACGUCUGGAUUACCCGAAAGACCGCAUGGCACUGUGGGUAGCAACCGAUCACAACAUGGACAACACCACAGUCAUGCUGCGUGACUGGCUUGUGAAGGUGCGAAGCCAGUACCAUUACGUGGAGUGGAGACCUAAGGAGCAUCCCAGACACUAUGUAGAUGAAGAAGGUCCGAAACACUGGACAGAUCUCCGCUAUGAACAUGUCAUGAAGCUUCGGCAGGCGGCGCUGAAGUCGGCUCGUGAGAUGUGGGCAGACUAUUUCAUGGUGGUGGACUGCGAUAACCUGCUCACAAAUCCAAACGUGCUGUGGGACCUGAUCAAGGAGAACAAAACCAUCAUCGCCCCGAUGCUUGAAUCCCGUGCUGCCUACUCAAACUUCUGGUGUGGAAUGACCUCUCAGGGUUACUACAAGCGCACGCCUGCCUACCUUCCCAUCAGGAAGCGUCUGAGAAAGGGCUGUUUUGCUGUACCUAUGGUGCACUCCACCUUCCUAAUAGACCUCCGGAAGGAGGCGUCCAAGCAGCUGGCCUUUUACCCGCCGAAUGAGGAGUAUAGCUGGGCGUUCGAUGACAUCAUUGUGUUUGCCUACUCCGCACGCAUCGCAGAUGUUCAAAUGUUCAUAUGCAAUAGAGAAACGUACGGUUACUUCACGGUCCCGCUGAGAUCCCACAAUACCUUGCAAGAUGAAGCUGAUAGCUUCUUGCAUUCCCUGUUGGAGGUGAAUGUGCGAAAUCCUCCGGUAAUGCCGUCCAAGAACGUGCCUCUGCCUAAAAAACAGCCAGACAAAAUGGGCUUUGAUGAGGUCUUCAUGAUCAACCUGGAGAGGCGGACUGACCGCAGAGAGCGGAUGCUGAGGGCCUUGCAUGACCAGGAGAUCGACUGUAAAGUCGUUGCAGCCGUUGACGGAAAAGCAAUGAAUAUCAGUGAAGUUCACGCCAUGGGAAUCCACAUGCUCCCCGGGUACAGCGACCCGUACCACGGCCGCCCCCUGACCAAGGGCGAGCUAGGAUGCUUUCUCUCCCACUAUAAAAUCUGGACUGAGAUUGUGGAGCGAGGCCUUGAAACCUCUCUGGUCAUCGAAGACGACCUGCGCUUUGAGGUUUUUUUCAAACGGCGCUUGAUGAAUUUAAUGACGGAAGUGGAAGAUGAGAGGCUGGACUGGGACCUCAUAUAUAUCGGCCGUAAAAGGAUGCAGGUGGAUCACCCAGAAAAAGCGGUGCCCAACAUUCACAAUUUAGUGGAAGCCGACUACUCGUACUGGACUCUGGGCUACAUGAUCUCGCUACAAGGUGCAGAGAAACUCCUCAACGCGGAGCCGCUGAAGAAAAUGUUACCGGUGGACGAGUUUCUUCCCAUCAUGUACAACAAACACCCUGUGGUGGAUUACAUGGAGCAGUUCGAGACCCGGGACCUGAAAGCUUUCUCCGCGGAGCCUCUACUUGUUUAUCCCACCCACUACACAGGCGACUCGGGUUACAUUAGCGACACAGAAACCUCCACGGUGUGGGACAAUGACAAGGUCAAGACGGACUGGGACCGAGCACGCUCGGGGAAAACCCGCGAGCAGGACAAGAUCAGCACAGAGGCGCAGAACUCCGAUGUGCUCCAGUCUGCUUUGGACAGCACUGCGCGGGAGGAGCUAUGAGAGGCGGUUUGAAGUGACAUCACAGCUGGGAUGUGACAAGCUGUUCUGUAGCUGGUUUUUAUUUCAUAAAGGCGCUAGACUUGUCAUACAGAAUGGCAUUUGCAGUACCCAACAUCUGUCUGUCAUACAGAAACGAUCGUGAAAAGACAACUAAACUUGACUGUGAGUGCUUUAACAUAGCAGAACUGUUUCAGACAAGUGACUGAGAAAUACCAUAUUACAGUGGUGUUAAACUGAAGGGGCCAAAUCUUAAAUAUUGUGGUUGAGCAUGGCAGUUGAUGUUGGCAAGAAAUGGAAUUAAGGCUUAACAGUUAGACUCUUAAGUUUAGCCUUCAGGUGCAGUUUUUUCAACUGGUCAUUCAAGUCAUUGCGUCUACAAGGACUCAGUGGCGUCAACCAUGAUCGCCUCUUCAAGUAUUCCCCGGUUUCCUGCUGCCUUUAGAGAGCCCCUUCGUUCCCCACCACCACCACCAACUUUUCACCGGAGGCCUUUUUUCAAGAGCACAUUCUGUGCCACCAACAAUGCGGUGAAGACUUCUGCUUUGGUUUUUCAAGUCAAAAGAGCCGAUGUACAGCUGAACACUGCUGACCCACAACACAUACAGACUUUCAUUUUGUGGUGGUUUUACAACACCAUGAUGCAACUUCAAGUGGUGCCAGUUUUUAAAAACCAAUGACUACUUUCAAAGCUGCCAACUUCCUUUUAUUUUUUUGUACAAAUUGCCUAUUUCACUUGUCUAUUCAAAUAAUGCCUUAAGUGAGUAAAGUUGAUUUUAUUAUUUCAAAAUAAAGGUCGCCCAUCUU